AGACCUGCUUAUAUAGACUGUCCAGGGAGCGCAGGCCCUGGGGCCCCACAAACCUGGGUCUGUGUGCCCACUCUUCAUUAGCAGCUCCAGGACCAAGUGCGGUCAGGUCUCUGGAACUCAUUUCCAUAUCUCCACUGUGAUGUAAGGAUGUGCAUGGAUCCUAAAUGUGAGGAGCUGGCAAUCACCAGGUCCCUGGCAGGUGCUCAGAGUCUGAGCUACCAUCAAAAUCGAGGGUGCAGGGGGAGGCUAACUGCUUCUCUGAAUACCCUAAGGGAGGCAGAUCUAGGCCAGGUGACCAGGGCUUACAAGUCCCAGGACAGCAGGUUGGGCUUGGUACACGGAAGAACUGAUGAGCAGCUUCAGUCUUGCAGCAGGACAGAUCAGGACAAAGCCAUGCUGGAGUGGGGGCCACACACCUGCCGAAAACCCCCAACACUCUUUUUCCCAGCAGCAGCUUCCAAGCAACUCCUGAUGCCCUCCCACCAGCUAACCAGAAAGGAACCCACCAUUGGUCUCCUUAGUAACAACUUCCAAGGCCCCUUGCGCAUCUGAAAGCGCACAGUGUGAUUUCCAGAUCCCAGUUAGACAGCGAUUUCUUCACAAAGUGCAACACCCUUAAUUAAUGAACCCUCUGGGAAUGAAGUACCUUCUAACAAAAACACUGUUCAAAAUAAAGCUGGAAAAAA